AUGAAUGAAUUCAAUAUUCAACCGUUUAACAUAUGUCAUAAACAGAAUACUAAUAUAUAUCAACAUUAUGAAAUAAAUAAUAUGGAAGACAUUAAUAAGUGUUCAAUCAAAUCUGAAUAUUACAACUACUUAUCUGAAGCAUCAAAUAUAAAUUGGUCAAGAAAAUCCAUAGAUGAUUUAUAUGAAUGUAAAAAAAAGGUGGAUACAACAAUACCAUCUUACCUAGAACAAGUACAAUUUGAGCAUUCAAUAAAAUAUCAUUCAAAUGAGUCAAGAUUAUUAGACAAUAAUAAUCAUACUGAUAAUUUAAAUUUUAUUGAUUCCAAUCAAAUAGAUUUACAGCCUGAUUCAACUUUUAUGGCACCGAUUACAAAUAAUGAUUCUGUUUAUGAGGAAGAAUGUAAAAGGAGAUUAAUGAAAAGACAUUUAAAAUCUCCAAUAUAUCAAAAGUCUAUUGAACAUGUUGAUAACAAUGAUGAUUCUGGUUUAAAUGUUGACAAUAACAUAUCACCGUUAAAUAAUCAAUUAAUAAUCGGGAAUGAACAAAUUAAUAAUUUCGUGACUACUACAAAGAAGGUGGAAUUUUCAUCUAAAGAACCAAUAACUUGUACUACAUCAUUAACAACAACGUCAUCAUCAUCAUCAUUGUCAUCAUCAUCUGUGGCAGUGGUUGUUACUUCAACAAAUAAACGACCUAGAUCAGCUUAUACAAAUUUACAAUUAAUUGAAUUAGAAAAAGAAUUUCACUAUUCCAAUUAUUUAGGGCAACCAAGACGAUUAGAAUUAGCUGAACAACUUGGUUUAACUGAACGCCAAAUUAAAAUUUGGUUUCAAAAUAGACGAAUGAAACAGAAAAAAGAAUGUAUUGAAAAAGGAAAAUAUGAUUUUUAUCAUCCAUAUUAUGAAAAUUCUCACUUUUGGUAUCCUCAUCAUUCAAUGAACACGAAUCAACAAGAACCAUUCAAUUAUUAUCAAACAAUACAAUUAAAAUCAGCUACUUAUUCAGAUAAUUCAAUAAACAACCACCUAUCUACUAUAUCUUCUCCAGUUAAUAUACCAACUUUUAUCGAUUCAACUAAUUAUAAUACUAUAAACAAUAUCAGUAAUCCAAUAGAUUCAGAAGUAUUUAAAAGUAGUAUUAAUAAACAUCAAUUAAAUAAUCAUAAUACCAAACAAAUAAUUAUGAAUAAUAGUCCUAUAAAAGACUGGUCAAAUUCACUUACAUCGAAUGAUGAAUUAUUCAAUAAAAAAGAUUAUCCAGUUUUUAAAACUUCCAAUUUUCCACCUUAUACUUGUUCAUCUAAUAAUUUAUCAUCUUUAUUAUCUUCUGAUCAUCAAUUUCCUGAAGAUAAUAUGGAUCAUUUUAUUGAUUCCAAUAUAACUGAUAUAAAUCAUAUGAAUAUGUAUAUGAGAGAUGGAACUAAUUAUAAACAACUAUUAAAUUAUAAUAAUCAUUCUCCAAGUGAAUUAUCUAAUCAAUUAAAAACUCAUUUUGAACCAACAAUAAUUAAUUGUCAACAUCAGAGAACAUCUCAGUCAACAGUAAAUCAGUAUUGCCAGCAUCAUUUGAAGCAUUAUUAA